AUGGCUCCCACACUUUCGUGGCGGCGUGCCGCCUUGGCGGCAUUGCUGUUCAAUGCGGCAGUGACUGCUCGUUACACCGCUCGAGAUGCUGAAGCCUCAAAAGAUACAAAGCGGGCUUUGGAUACCGGCUCAGCAGAGACACCCCAUAUCGAAGUUAGAAACAUGGUUCAGAACUUGGAUGUUGAUAGCGUUUUGUCUGCUUUGAGUAGCAGUAGUAAAGCCCAAGAUGCGUCUGUUCUGGCCGCGGCUCCUCUCGCUGCCGAGGGCGCUGCAGCUUCAGCUCCGCCCAAGGAAGCAACUCCUCCGCCUCCAGCUAACGGGGAGGCACCUCCUCCUCCUCCCCCAGCUGCUAGCGGAGCAGCUCCUCCUCCGCCCCCUCCAGCCAACGGAGCGCCUCCGCCGCCGCCUGAAAAUGGUGCGCCUCCUCCUCCGCCGGAUCCGAACGCUGCUCCGCCUCCACCGCCCCCGGAUGCCCCCCCUCCUCCUGACCCGAAUGCUGCACCACCACCACCUCCUCCAGAGGGCGCAGCCCCUCCGCCUCCUGACCCGAAUGCCGCACCACCGCCACCUCCUCCGGAGGGCGGACCGCCACCCCCACCCCCAGCAGAUGGACCUCCCCCUCCUCCACCUGAUGGUGGACCUCCGCCGCCGCCCCCUGAAGAAGCAGCAGCAGCGCCAAAUGUUGCAGCUCCUCAGCCACUAGGAGCCCCAGCCGUUGGCGUUCCACCUGCACCUCCAGGUGCCGCUGCUAAUGGAACAGCUCCUGAUGGAAAGGGAAAGAAGGGAAAGGGAAAGGAUGACGCCGGCAAGAAAGCGAGAGAUGACGCCAAGAAGAAGGCUGAUGAUGCUAAGAAGAAGGCCGAGGGCUUGGCUGGUGGUGCCGCCGCCCCUGGUGCAGCAGCUGCCAAUGGCACAGCUCCCGCCGGCCCAGAUGGGAAAGGCAAAAAGGGAAAAAAGGGUAAAGAUGCUAAGGGCAAGGGUGUUGGCCCCGGAGCUGCUGCCGGCAACGGCACCGAAGCUGUCGGACCCGACGGAAAGGCGAAGGGCAAAGGAAAGGAUGACGCCGGCAAGAAAGCAAGGGAUGAUGCAAAGAAAAAGGCUGACGAUGCUAAGAAGAAGGCCGAGGGCUUGGCUGGUGGUGCCGCCGCCCCCGGUGCCGCAGCUGGUAACGGUACUGCUCCGGCCCCUCCAGCAAAGGGAAAAGGCAAAGACGAUGACCCCGAAGCCAAGAAGGCUAAAGAGGCUGCCGGGACAGGGGCGUCAGCUGCAGGAAAAGAAGCCGGCAAGGAAAGCAACCUCCGCCGGCGGGCUCGCUUUGUCAAAUGGCGGAAACUCAUGGCAGACGAGGAGUGA